AUGCCCCCAAAUAAUAAAGGAUAUAGCGAUAUUAUAUUUUUUCUUUUAAUCGCGCUCAUAUAUGUGAGCAAUAAAGUCUUUGCAAGUGAAUAUAUUAGAGCCAAUACUAUACCAGGUAAUAUUGGUCGAAGAAGAAAUACUUCGAACAAUGAUAGUUUACGCAAAACCGCUUUACUCAACGCUACUUUAACCAAAGAAUUUCCAAACAAUAUUGAAAAUAGCUCCAUUUUGGCUAAUAAUCCUUCGAAUGAAACACAUGAACAAACUGGCCCCAUAAUAUGUACCAAUCCUGAAGAAGUUAGAAAAACAACAGAAAUUAUUAACGCUGCUGUGUCAAUUUUACGACACCAUGCUACAACUGAAGACAACUACAAAUUACUGUACGUAUACGAUAAAGAUGCAUUGAUAUAUUUUAAGAACCAUGGAAAUACUGACAUUGAAAAACUUAAUCUUAAAAUCCGAAAUCCCAAUAAGUAUAAUGAUAUAGUAAACAAUCUAUGGGAUCCUUAUGGUACCAAGCAUUUCCAUGAUUACUUUAUUAGCGGAAAAGUUGUCUGUAUAUACAAUCCAAAUUUACUAAUGAUAGAACAAGAAAGCAUAGACCCUACUAAACCAGACCAUGAAUGUGUUUAUUCUUUAGCCUCAAAAAUUGACGUAUCAGAAGAUACAACAGUAAUUGUCUUGGCUUCAGCAAAUAUGAAUGAUAACAACUGCUCCAAUAAAAAAACUUAUAAAAACAAAGACUUGAUAAGAAAAUCAUCAUCAAGCAAUAGCAGUUCUUCUGAAUCAGAUAUUACAGAAGAGCCUAAAAGAACGUUUAACUUAUCUGGGUUUUUCAUUAAAAAAGAGAAAAAUUACAUCAAUAUUACUUAUGUUAAUGCUAUCGAUGAUAACAUAUCUUCCGAAAAUUACUCUAUUAAAAAAGCUAAAGCACCAAACAUAGCAUUUUACAUCCGCUUAAUGGAAAUAUUUGCAAAGGGCUAA